AUGUUCGUGCCGUUGCGGAUGCUGUGGAACCUAUUCAUGGAAUUGCGUAUCAGUCUUCUCAUGCCUCCAUCUGAUAGUGGUCUCAGCGAAUUUGACAAACAUCGGCUGUCCAUGCAUGCUUUCAAAGCUAAAGAAAAGGCGUACCAUCCCCACUCUAAUUUCUCUGUGGGCGCGGCUUUGCUAUGUACUGAUGGCCAAGUCAUCACUGGCUGCAGUGUCGACAACGCGGCUUACGGUGUAUCCACUUGUGCUGAGCAAGUCGCCAUCGUCAAAGCAGUGAGCGAAGGGAGAAGAUCAUUCGUUGGUCUUGCAAUCGUCUCCGACCUCUCUGUUCCAAUCACACCCUGUGGAGUGUGCCGCCAAGUGCUUGCCGAGUUUUGUGACCCCGGGAUGCCAGUCCCCCUUCUCGCAAACCAUUCGCUCAACCCGGAUAACAAUUCUCGCGGGAUGAAGGAAGUUACAAUUGGGCACCUUCUUCCCUUUGGCACGGAACACACACAAGCUUGGGAAAGUAGACGAAUCCCGGACGUCCCGAACGAUCUCCAUUCACUGUAA